AUGUCGACACCCAAAACGACGAUGCCGUCGUCGUCGACUUCCAAGCUGGAGCUACGCACUGCUUAUGGACCCAUCUUCCGCGACGUCUUGGACACCCCCCCGCGAGACUGUACCGCGGAAGAGAUACCCAUCAUCGACUUGACACCCUUGGCUUCGGACCGGUUUGACGACCGCAAGGAGUUAUCGAAGCAGAUCCGGGCGGCGGCGGUCAACACCGGAUUUUUCUACAUCAAGAACCAUGGAAUCGACGACAAGACUAUCGCUGAUGCGAAGAAGCAGCUUCUAGCCUUCUUCAGGCAGUCGUCGGAGCAGAAAAUGAGAGCUCACAAGUCGAGAUCGAAAUAUUUCAACGGGUAUAUUGGUCCGAGAAGCACAAAUAUCAGCCCCGGAGAGAGUGUCGAUGUGAAGGAAACUCUGGGCUGGAGAUAUUCUCCUCAAUAUGAUCCGGAUACCAAGGAUCUGGAUGCAACACCGGAGGAAGUGAAGCCCUGGAUCCGAGGCGAAGAAUUUGUCUGGGAGGAGACUUCCCAUCUUCCGGGCUUCAAAGACGAGGUUCUCCAUUACUGGGCGUCUUGCCUGACUCUAUCCAGAAGACUGGUGAGAGUCUUUGCUCUGAGUCUCGAUCUCGAGGAAGACUAUUUCGACAGCCGCACAACGUAUCCGGGUGCUGAUGGCGUUUUCAACUAUUAUCCCCCAGCCACCGAGGAAGAGACGAGGAAUAACUCUGUUGGCUUGGGAAGUCAUACCGACUUGCAGCUGUUUACUCUGCUCUGGCAGGAUAUGACGGGUGGCCUUCAAGUCUUGAAUCGUGACGGCCAGUGGAUCAAGGCGACUCCUGUCAAGGGCACUAUCGUUGUGAACAUCGGUGACUUCAUGAUGCGACUCUGCAACGACAUUUAUAAGAGCACAGUCCACAGGGUCUAUAACCGAUCAACGGUAGAGCGAGUCUCAAUGCCGUUUUUCUUCGGUCUGAACUUCAACUGUGUUGAAGGUGUAGUCCCUUCGUGUACCUCGGAGGAGAACCCUCCAAAGUACGAGCCUAUGUCUUGUGGGGACUGGUGUCAGUUGAGAUUCAAGCUGGAGGAAAAUCAAUUCAAAAAGAACUUUGGGGAAAAGGUUGAGAAAGCCCCUAGUGCAGCCAUCAUUGCAGCUUAG